UUUACGCUCUUUGCUAUUCAUCUUCUUAUGGUUCUUUUCUUUGAUUUGUUUUCUCUUGUAGAAAUUUUUUAUUUAUGUAAAUUUUUAAUAAUAGGUCGAAAAUUUAGGGUUCAUCAUAGCUGAUUAAUAUUCGGAUCUAAAAAUAUAACCAGUAUCCAGAUCUAACUUUUGGGGGAAAUAACUUUCCAAAUUGAUGGCUUUUCCUAUGUUUCCUGAUGAAAUUGUUCUAUUUUUGCUCAUGAUGACCAUAGAAUGAAAUAUCAGACGUCUGCUCUGACGAAGGGUUCCCCUCCUGUUUUUUCUGGAGCUUGUUUGCUCCCACACACGCAUGUACACAUUGACAGAUAUUUUUCAUGAAAUUAAAUCAAAAUGAGUCGUCCACAGGAUCCUCACCGCCCUUUCUUCCCUUUUGGAAAUCCUUUCCGGAUGAUAUCAUCCAAGGGUUCUCGUUUACCUGAAAGGCUUCUUUCUCUAUUGAUUUCUUUUGAGGAAACCUUGGCAGAGAGGGUUAGGAAACUUAUUCCAAAGGACAGCGAUGAGGUCCUUAGUUUAUCAUGGAUGAAUCUGGCAAUGGAUUCACUCUGCGAGACUCAUAGUGGUGUAAAAAACUUAAUAACUGAGCUGGAGAUUCCUGUGAGUGACUGGGAUGAGAAAUGGAUAGACGUGUACUUGGAUAUCAGUGUGAAUUUGCUCGAUCUUUGUAUAGCCUUUAGCUCUCAACUCACAAAGCUUAACCAGGGUCAUCUCUUGCUUCAGUGUGUCCUGCAUAAUCUAAAUUCUUCCUCUCCAAAGCAGUUUGUGCGUGCUCGUUCUUCACUCGAUAGCUGGAGACAGCAUAUCAAUGCAAAGAACCCUAGAGUUGAGAGCUGUCAGUCAAUCUUAGACAAUUUGGUGCGAUCUUUGGAUUUACCCAAGGUUAAAAACUCUGCCAAAGGGAAAGUUUUGAUGCGAGCCUUGUAUGGAGUUAAGGUGGUGACUGUAUUUAUCUGUAGUGUUUUUGCAGCAGCGUUCUCUGGAUCUGCAAAGAAUUUGUUGGACUUGAGCAUUUCUGACACAUUACCAUGGAGACCGGCAUUUUCUGACUUGCAAGCUAAUGUUAAUGGGGAAGUUAGAAAUGUAUUUGGAUGUGGAAGAGUUACAGUUUUGAAAGAAUUAGAUGCAGUUGCUGUCAGCAUCAAGAAAUUGUAUCCAAUGAUCCAAGAUGGGUUGGAACCGGUUGAAGUUGAACAGUUUAAGAAGUUUAUUAUAGAUUUAGGAAAGCAAGAAGAGAAACUUUCAGAGGGGCUAGAUCGUCUUACAAAAUCAGUGGAUGGUUUUUUCAAGAUAGUUUUAACAGGGCGUGAUGCUUUGCUUUGUAAUCUAAGAGAAACUGGUACCGAGUCAAUGGUAGGGAGUAACUCAGAACAACUGGUUGGGAGGUGACUGUCGAUGAAAGAACUACACCUCCCCAUAUAUCGGUGUUAUAGGUAUUGUGUGUUGCGUUAUGUGGUUUUUAGAAAUAUACCAUCAAGUAUUGUGUUUGAAAUACGUUGUAUUGUGUCUAUUUACUAUUUUCUGGUUUGUACAUGUACUUUGUACUGUAUAAUACCAAAGACGUAUAAAAGAGAGGCUUGUACUACAGUUUGCUUAAGUGCCUAUAUUUAUGUCCUAUAUGGUUAUCGCGGGUA